AUGAAUCCAGACUCAAAUAUCCUCAUAGUCGGCGCUGGGGCGUUCGGCGUAUCAACAGCAUACCAUCUGUCUCAACGAGGCUACAAAUCGAUCCGGGUCCUUGACCGUUACGCCCCGCCAUCACUCGAAGCGGCAUCUACAGACAUUAGCAAGAUCAUCCGCAGUGAAUAUAACGAGCCUCUUUAUGCCAGACUGGCAAUCGAAUCAAUAGAAGCCUGGCGGUCAUCAGAGUUGUUUCGUGAUCUUUAUCACGUCCCUGGCUGGGUCCUGAGUGCCAAAAACCUGUCUGUCCCCUUCGUCAAGGGGUCGAUUGCCACGGCGCAGAAACUGGGCAUCAAAGGCAUCGAGAGGCUGACGACUGAAGAGAUCCAAAGACGCUAUCCUGUCUCGGCAAAGGGGACUUUUGACGGGUGGAACAUCAAUGUCUGGAACCCGGCUGCUGGCUGGGCCCAUUCAGGAGAAGCACUCCGUCGGAUGGCACUGGCUGCGCAGCAAAAUGGAGUCAGCUUUAUCUCGGGAAAUCAAGGACAUGUACGCGACCUAAUCUUCUCGCCCUCCGGGUGCUGCACGGGCGUUCGCACACAAGACGGACACAGAAACGAUGCCGACAUGGUGGUCGUCGCCACGGGAGCUUGGACCGCAUCCCUCAUCGACGUGCACGGCCAACUCGUCGCAAAAGGCCACAGUGUAGCACACAUCCAAUUGACGCCGUCAGAAACACGCCAUUACGCCUCGCUGCCCAUUCUCGAUAACUUGGAGCUGGGUUACUUCUUUCCACCCGGGCCUGAUGGUGCCUUCAAAUUGGCACACAGCAAAUUCAUCACCAACACUCUCACCGAUCCUCAUAGCGGGAUUACCACGUCGAUUCCGCACACCUUCGCGCAAAACCCCGGUGACGGCCUACCGCUUGAGAUCGAAGCGACGAUGCGCGAUAACCUGCGUCGGGUCCUGCCUGAACUCGCGGACAGACCAUUCAGUUAUACGCGCCUGUGCUGGGACGCGGGGGAAUGUAUCGGGGCAGCGACCCUUGGCAGCGACCUUCGUACCACAGCGACCUGCUAA